AUGCCUAUCGUCUCGACUGCUGUAUUUCUCGCUGUACAGUUUGACUACCUCAUUGUCGGCGGAGGAACCAGUGGUCUCUGUGUUGCCGCUAGAUUGAGCGAAGACAAAAAUGUCGUAGUUGGCGUCCUCGAAGCGGGAGGCUAUGACCCCGAUCUGCCCGAGAUUGCAGUGCCAGGGCUGGUAGGACAUACAAUGGCACAUCCCAUCUACGACUGGACAUUCUUCAGUGAACCCCAGGUCCACGCGAACGGCAGGUCGAUAUUACAAUCUCGUGGCAAAGGACUAGGCGGGUCCUCUCAGGCAAGAUUUCUUGCGGGAUCCGGCGAGUCCCUCAACUCACGCACGCUUCGCCCAUCAAAGGAGGAGUUUGACGCGCUUGAAGAACUCGGAAACAAUGGAUGGAACUGGAAUUCGCUUCUAGAAUCAAUGAAAAAGGCACGCUUGGUUUUUUUACGACCUAUCACGAAAUCACUAUUUCCUGCUUCCAUCCCCCCUAUACACGCAGCCUUGUUUGAUGCAGCAGAGAACCUGGGUGUAGCGAGAUGCGCUGAAACAGGCCAUGGUGUCGUGCUCGGUGCGAUGCCUGUAUUUACGACUGUCGAUACUCGUACCGCUACUCGAUCUUAUGCGGCAUCGGGGUACUACAAACCUAACGCUAAUCGUUCAAACUUAUUGAUCCUUACCGGAGCCCAAGCAACAAAGGUCAUCCUGGAAGACCAUACAGACGGCAAGAAAAAAGCUGUCGGUGUCGAAUUCAUAAGAGACGGUUGUUGGCUAUCGAGCUCAGGUCCGGAAAGAGUUACAGGAUCGUUCCAAAGCCCCCAGCUUCUCGAGCUCUCUGGCAUCGGUAACCCGGAGAUUCUAAACGCGUACGGCAUCGAGACACUAAUAAACCUUCCGGAGGUUGGCGAAAACCUACAGGAUCAUACCAUGAUUUUCACCAUCGCGGAGGUUGACGAGGCCAUGGACACAAUGGAGCUCUUACUUGAUCCACAACAGCAACGAAAGCAUGUUGAACUCUAUAAAAGCCAGCGAGGCAUGCUAGCAUCCGUGCCAACGUCGGGAUCCAUAUUCCUCGAACCAUCAAAGUUGGGCAAUGCAGAAGAGCUGCGAGCGUGGAGAGAUCUAGCUGAAAGUCAAUGCAGCUCCUACCUAUCGAAUAUCAGAUAUCCCCGCCUUAAGAAAGGGAUACAAAAACAAUACAAGCUGCAGAGGGAGUGGUUCUCUCGCAACAAACAAGCCGAAGGGGAAAUUAUAUUCUUCAAUGGCCAUUACCCUUCCGCAGAAUUACAGCCUAGGUUGGGGAAACGAUACAUCUCCCUCAGCGCCGCCCUCAUGCAUCCUUUUUCUCGAGGCACUGUUCACAUCAAAUCGGCUAAUCCCUUGGACCCGCCCGCGAUUGAUCCAAACUAUUUCGCGAACGAUGCUGACGUCGAGAUGACGUUACGCAUCCUCAGACUCGCGUUCAAGCUCCAAGAGACUGCACCACUGCGUGACGUUAUCAAGGAACGCGUGAGUCCUUCAAAGGAGGUCCUUGAAGGUAAUGAACAGGAUGAUAAACUCAAGGAGUACAUCAAGAAUACAUUCAGCUCCGUUUUUCAUCCUGUCGGAACUGCUGCUAUGAUGUCUCGCGAGCUUGGGGGCGUGGUAGAUGAUAAACUGAUAGUAUAUGGGACGUCGAACCUUCGCGUGGUCGACCUAUCUAUACUCCCUAUGGAGCUAGCAUGCCAUACACAGUCCAUCGCCUACGCAAUAGGUGAAAAGGUGUGUUGUUUCCAUCUUGAAGAACAUCUUAUGGGAUGA